AUGAGGACUGACGUGAUACUGCUGGGGUUGGCCUCGCUGCUUGCUAACGCAUUAGCAAGCGAGGGUGGGCUCAGCCAGCACAAGCCCUUUUUGAGGAAGACGAGCGUGGGCGACGCACGUGGCCGGAGUCUCCAAUCCGCCACGACCCAGACUUGCAGCAACGGCAUCGAAGGAAUUGAGUCCGCCAACGGCGACGUCUGCUGCCCGACUGCAUGUGGGUUCUGCGGAGGGGAAGCGUGCACCGAGGCGGCAGUGAACGCCGGGCUCGACGAUGGCGACUGCUGCUUCGGCGACAUCAUUGUCUCCGGUGCCUCGUGCUCCGAGAACCAGAUGGCGCCUUGCAUUAUUGACGAUGCCAGCCAAGAAUCUGCCGGCGACACUUGCUCCAACACCGACGGCGUCGAGGGCAUCUCGUCCGGUGACGGCGACGUCUGCUGCCCGUCCGAGUGCGUCCUGUGCGGGGGCCGGGACUGCACCGAAGCAGCGCUGGCAGCAGGUCUCGCUGACGGCGACUGCUGCGUCAGCGACAUCACUAAAGAAGGCGUCAAGUGCUCCGACUCUGGGGCCGCUCCUUGCGUUGCUUACGACUCUGAGGAUGAAACUGGCUCUCCCCUGGUUCAGGAAGCAUCCACCCCGGUGUACAUCGCUCUCGGCUGCGGCAAGAUCGGCGACUACGAAGACCCCUUCACGGUUUCGUCGACGGUGUCCGACCUCACCGCGGAGGCGUGCUACGAGCUGUGCGCCUCGGAGUCCUCGCUGUACUUCGGGCUCGUCGAGGGCAACGUCUGCUCGUGCGGCGACGAGGAAACGUUCGUCGAAACGUUCCUCGACACGUACGACGAGCAGACCGCAGCAACGUGCAGCACCGCUUGCCCGGGGUCCCCGGAUGAGACCUGCGGCGGGGCCCAAGCCUUCGACCUCUACCAAAUCCUGCCGACGUGCACCGGCGGCAUCGUCGGCGUCGAGGCCGCGAGCGGGGACGUCUGCUGCCCUUUCUCGUGCGGUGAGUGUGGUGGAGACAGAUGCGUCGGGGAGGGGGGCUGCUGCGAGCACACGAUCCAGUCCAGGGAAGACCUCUGCGAGUACACGAACGCGGCGCCUUGCGUGUUCAACGUUGUUGCGCCACCCCCGACCCCGGUCCCCGCGCCCACAACGCCUAUGCCCACACGCCCCCCUGGGCCCGUGAGCACUUGCACUGGCGACAUCCCCGGCCUCGAGUCAGACGACGGCACCGUCUGCUGCAUGGAGCACUGCUCCUCGUGCCGGAUCGAGAGCGCGGAUCAGUGCGUGGGCGUGCCGGCCUGCUGCCAGGAGAAGAUCUUGCUCACGGGGGUCAAGUGCUCCGACGAAGGGGUAGAGGAAGGCCCCUGCAUCCUCAUGUAGGCCGGUACGUACGUGCGUGACAGCGUCUGUCUGUGCGUAGGGUUCAUUCUCGCUGCUGUGCAUAGGGUGCGUUCUUUGACGAGUUCAUUACCGUCGACCGAGCGCGCGCUAUGUAUCCGGGUGAUUGAGGCGGUUGUGUGUUUGAGCGACGUCGUCAGUUUUGACCGUUUCACCAAGUCUUCGGCGUAGAGCUACAUAGCUUGUGGCCGCCUGAAGGUAUUAGAUCAAUGAUAUUCAUGAUAGCUCCUUGGCCUGGGGGAGAGAGUUGCACAUUGAGGGCCGGCUUAUCCUCACCAAGGCCAUGGUCACACGAUUCGAUUCGGACACUUGGCAACUCGCAACAGAGAGAGAAACGCCCGUCCUGAGGCGCGAACCCUGGCCGCCGGAGCACUCACUCGUUAGUCGCUACAAUAAGUCUCCGGUUUCAGCUGGGCGCGAAUUGCUCGCCCCCUAUCUAUCUCGGUCUGUCGAGCAGAUGGUGUACUUGUGUAUUUCAACGCCGGGAUUUGUGGCAAGUAAGUAUUGUGUUGUUUUACACUUGCUUGUAUUGUUUUGUGAAUGUGGCGGACCAUAAUCAGUAACGGCUUCCUCGCUGGACUUGUUGGUUGGGUUGGUUUGAUUUAUUUCGCGGUCAUUUUCGUGCUCGGGGCAGUGUGGGGUAUAUGCGGUGAGGGCCUCACUGCCAUCAGUGUUCCCCCUUCCGCUCGUGAUUGUUUCCCAAGUAGUUCUUCUUUGCCUUACUUGGUUUUGGCCAUGUCUUUUGCGGGAUUCCGCCCCGCCCUCUUAGACCUUGAUUAGUCGAGAUAGCGUUUUCUCCUCAGCCUGCAGAAAUCUGGCACGUCCAAAUCUUGACGAGGUUUUGCCUGCGUCCUUUCUGCCGUGAUGGCAGCGUGCGAGAAGUGGGGCAACUUGGAUGGAAACAAUCCCGGCUGCGGGUUGACGUGGCACUGUUGCUUUUUCUUGUAUAGGUCACUAUUUUCGGCAAGGUGCGCGGUCAAGGUACGCGUAAAACAAAAUGUGGCAGUCUAUGGCCUGCAUGUGGGCUUUGCUUGUAAUAUCUCAGGGGCGCAGGGAACGUUCGACAGAUGGGGAGUGUUGCCGCGAGUUAUCGAUAUGUCGAAGCGGAGGAAUGUUUUGGAUCUCGCUUUUCCUUGUCGGAAUCUUUUUUCGAUGUUCGAGCGCCGGGCUGGCGCGUGUCCACCUACAGUAGAAAUGUCCUUCACUCAUUUUUUCACUGGUUAGCGGCAGCUACAUGCGGCAGGCAGCAUUUGUUUUGGUGUCAAGAGAGACACAACGUGUUGAUUGAGUGUCUUGCUCGGUCCUUCGGGAAAAGAGCAUGGGGGUGGGGGAAGAUAAAGAACCGGUGAUUGUUGUCAUGCAUACAUACGUACCCAGACCAGUUGUUGUUGUGUUCAUGAUGUCGGUUUGGCACUAGAUGAGAUUGUUUUCGAGUCGGCCGAUUCUCUUGCUUGUUUCAGUAUGUGUGUAUUGUACGCACAGCAGUAACCGCUGCUCCUGUGGUUUUUCCACGUUAUUUGAAUGUUUUUGUCCUGUGUUACAUUCCGUUUGCACGCGUAAAGGGGGGGAGGGCAGUAGCGUGCAUCAUGUCGUUUUCAUUCGCAAGUGAGUACCGCACGAAAGAUAUAAUCUCAUGUCGUUUUCAAUCGCAAGUGAGCACCGUACGAACGGUAUCAUAUUAUAUCAUCAAGUUUUCGC